ACCAACAACUCUCCAAAGUAUCGUUUCUUUCUUCUCAGCCGACUGUCGUAUCUUCUUCUUCUCUUGCCUUUCCCCUUCCACCUCUUUCGUUACUCUUCUCCAGAUCCGUUUCACCACUAUCUGAUCUAAUCAAUCAUCUUAUUGAACUUAAUCAAUGAAUUCCUUUCAUCUUCCUCUUUGUUUCUCUAUUUAUAAAUCUCUUUCCAUAGUUUAUGUUUCCAUUAAAAUCCAUAAGAUUCUCUCAAGUAACUAUCUCGAUGGAAUCCAAAGACAAUUCUGCAGUCUCCAGCGAUCAGAAGACCAACGAGAAGAAGUUCGCUUCCUCCGUGACUAUGAAGCCACACGGGAAGUCUACUGCUGCCUCGGCGAUUGCGGCGAAACCUAACGGCAAGAGUGUUGUUUCAUCUGACAUUCCGAAGAAGCAAAAAUCUGCUGUUUCUCUCUCCUCCGCGCAUGGCGACCGAUCAAUGUUCUUCAGAGAUGUUUCAUUCGGCCCACACGAAGCUGAGCUGAGGUUUCGUCUGAUUCACUUUUGGGAGGCUCGAAAUCCAAACACGAAAGAACUCAUCGGACAGGAGAUGCUUCUUAUUGACGAAGAGGGAACUGUCGUCCAAGGUUUUAUUACAGCAGGUCGGGUUGGGAUGUAUAAACUGACAUCAGGUUCUAUUUAUAAACUGAGUAACUUCUUUGGAUCCAGAAGCAAAGUUCAGUUUCGGGUUGCUGAUCAUAGGGCCACCAUUUCGUUCUCUUGGAACUAUGAUUUGAAAGUUCUCGUGAACCAUCCGGUCCCAAUUCUCGAAGACAGGUUCAGGUUCCAUAGCUACGAGGAGUUUCAGGCCAACUGCGACCGCAGACUUGAUCUUUAUGAUUAUGUUGGCCACAUGAAACUGGUGAAUGGGCAGACUAUCACUGACCACACUGCUCUUGAUGAAGUUGACAUAGCAGAGAGGCGGCAUCUGUGUGUUCAUGUACAAACACAUGACGGACCAGUGAUGAAGCUCUAUCUAUGGGACAAUGCUGCAUCCGAGUUCUGCCAGAAGUUCAUAUCGUAUGGACGGACUCCAACCGUUCUUUUGGUCACCACAGUAAACCCUAAACAUCUUGGAGGAACCCUUGCUCUUGCUUCUAUGGCAUCAUCUAGAGUGUUUAUGGAUACUGAUGUCCAGCCUACCAAGGAUUAUCUUGCAUAGCUGAGCUCUAACUUGGACAUUGCUAAUAAGAUUACGGCAGAGGUUGUCACUAAGCCUGAGCCAGUAACACUAGAGGAGCUAUACUCUUACAUCAAGCAGGAGACUGCUAAGGUACAAAGUUGAUCUGUUUUAUCAUUCAUUGUGACAUGCUUGGGUAUUUAUGAAGUUUAUUUUUCUCAAUUUUGCAGGUUGC